CAUCAUGGUUCGUAGUACUAAAUCCUCCUGGUGGUCUGCCAUCGUGCUAGCCAUAUUCAUCGCCUUUCUCUCCCCACUCUCCGUUCUUGCGGAGAAGGAUUCAAAGAUUGUUGGUCCUGUUAUUGGUAUUGAUCUGGGAACAACUUACAGUUGUGUGGGUGUUUUUAAGAAUGGUCGUGUUGAGAUUAUUGCCAAUGACCAGGGCAACCGUAUCACUCCCUCGUAUGUUGCAUUCACCGAAACCGAGCGUCUUGUCGGUGAUCCCGCAAAGAAUCAGGCUCCUACUAAUCCCCAUAACACUAUCUACGAUGCCAAGCGAUUGGUCGGUCGUCGUUUUGAAGACAAGGAUGUUCAGGCAGACAUGAAGCACUGGCCCUUCAAGGUUAUCAAUGACGGUGGUAAGCCAAAGUUCCAAGUCGAGGUCAAGGGCUCCAAGAAAGACUUUACCCCUGAAGAGAUCUCUGCCAUGAUUCUUGGAAAGAUGAAGGAAGUUGCCGAGGCUUACCUUGGUACCACCGUCUCUCAUGCUGUUGUUACUGUCCCCGCCUACUUUAACGAUGCUCAGCGUCAGGCUACCAAGGAUGCUGGUGUCAUUGCUGGUCUGACAGUUGCCCGUAUCAUUAACGAACCCACUGCUGCUGCCAUUGCCUACGGUCUUGACAAGAAGGGUGAAGCCAACAUUCUCGUGUUUGAUCUUGGUGGUGGUACUUUUGAUGUGUCUGUGCUGACCAUCGACGAUGGUGUUUUCGAAGUCAAGGCUACAAACGGUGAUACCCAUCUGGGUGGUGAGGACUUUGAUAACCGUAUCAUUUCCCACUUUGUUGAUCUCCACAAGAAGAAAACCGGUGACAAUGCAUCCAAGGAUCCCAAGGCCAUGGGCAAACUUAAGCGCGAAGCCGAAAAGGCAAAGCGUGCUCUUUCUGGUCAACCCUCGGUUAAGAUUGAAAUUGAAGCUUUCCUCAACGGAAAAGACUUUUCUGAAACUCUCAGUCGUGCCAAGUUUGAGGAGCUCAAUAUUGAUCUAUUCAAAAAGACUAUUGAUCCCGUUAAGCGCGUUCUCAAGGACUCUGGUCUUAGCAAAGAAUCUAUCUCUGAAAUUGUUCUUGUUGGUGGUUCUACUCGUAUUCCAAAGGUUGUUAGUUUGAUUGAAGAGUACUUUAAUGGUAAGAAGGCUUCCAAGGGCAUCAAUCCUGAUGAAGCCGUUGCUUAUGGUGCAGCUGUUCAGGGUGGUGUGCUCACUGGUGACGAUGCUGUUUCUGAUGUUUUGCUGCUCGAUGUCAACCCCCUGACCCUCGGCAUUGAGACCACUGGUGGAGUCAUGACCAAACUCAUUCCCCGAAAUACCCAGAUUCCCACCAAAAAGGCCCAGAUCUUCUCCACCGCCGUCGACAAUCAACCCGUUGUGCUUAUCCAAGUCUUUGAAGGUGAACGUCCUCUUACCAAGGAUAAUAAUCUACUCGGCAAGUUCGAACUUACUGGUCUUCCUCCCUCUCCCCGUGGUGUUCCUCAAAUUGAGGUUUCUUUUGAAAUCGAUGUCAAUGGUAUUCUCCGUGUUUCUGCACAAGACAAGGGCACUGGCAAGGUUGAGUCCAUUACCAUCACUAAUGAUAAGGGCCGUCUCAGUCAAGAGGACAUUGACCGCAUGGUUGCCGAGGCCGAAGCCAUGGCAGAUGAGGACAACAUGGUCAAGGAACAAAUUGAGGCCAAGAACCAGUUUGAGAAUUACCUGUAUACUCUGAAAUCUCAGCUUUCUGACGAAAAGCAGAUGGGCGGCAAACUCUCUGAUGAGGACAAGGUCACCAUGGGUGAUGCACUCAAGGAGCAUCAACAAUGGAUUGAAUCUAACCCUCAAGCCACCAAGGAUGAGAUUGAAGAGCACAAGUCUGAGCUUGAGAGCAUCGUCAACCCCAUCACCGCCAAACUCUAUGCUGAGGCCGGUGGUGAUACCAAGGGUCCUACCGACUCUGAUGAUCACGAUGAACUCUAAGCGACUUGGUUUUCAUUUUGUUACCUUCACAAAUACAUUAUUUUUACUCCGUA